AUGGGCGACCUGGCCUCCGGCGAGACACCUCCUCCUCCUCCGGCGCCGGCGGAGAUGGCGGCGGGCGCGGGGCAGAGGAUGCUGCCGACGCCCUUCCUCAACAAGACGUACCAGCUCGUGGACGACCCCGCCGUCGACGACGUCAUCUCCUGGAACGCCGACGGCUCCACCUUCGUCGUCUGGCGCCCCGCCGAGUUCGCGCGGGACCUCCUCCCCAAGUACUUCAAGCACAGCAACUUAUCCAGCUUCGUGCGCCAGCUCAACACAUACGCGCUGAUGCGUGGUGUGUGCGUGCAGGGGUUCAGGAAGAUCAUUCCGGACAGGUGGGAGUUCGCCAACGACUGCUUCCGGCGCGGGGAGAAGCGGCUGCUCGUCGACAUACACCGCCGGAAGGUCACGCCGGCCGCGGCGGCGGCCGCCAUCCCGAUGGCGCUACCCGUGGCGAAGCGGCAGGGCUCGGGCUCACCAGCGCCGUCCGGCGACGAGCAGGCGCUGUCCUCGAGCUCGUCCCCGGAGCCCCCCUUCCCGCGCCACCCGCACCCCGCGCCGUCCUGCUCCGGCGGCGACCUUAGCCUGGGGGACGAGAACGACCGGCUGCGGCGGGAGAACACGCGCCUCGCGCGGGAGCUCGGCCAGAUGAAGAAGCUCUGCAGCAACAUCUUCGCCCUCAUGUCCAAGUACACCGACACCCAGCAGCAGCAGCAGCCCGACGCCGUCAACGCCACCUCGGCCGCCGCCUCCGGCGACACCACCGAGGCCACGCUGCUCACGCCCCCUUCCGUGCUCGACCUCCUGCCGUCCUCCCCAACCGCCGCCGAGAACGGCGCGGAGGAGAAGAUGAGCGCGAGGCUCUUCGGCGUCUGCAUCGGCCGGAAGCGAAUGCGCGCGCACGACGGCGACGAGGGCCCCGCCAGCCGCGGAGCGGCGGCGGAGGUGAAGCCGGAGCCGAUGAACGCGCAGCAGCAGCAGCACUCCCCGACGGACGGUCACGCGGCGGUGGCGCAAGCCUGGCCCAUCUACCGGCCCAGGCCCGUCUACCACCCCUUCCGGGCUGAAGCCUGCAGCGGGUCAAACCUCAGCCUGGGCUACGCCCACGCACAGUCCAACUCAAGGUGACCUGGGCCCUGGUUCAGAUGCCAUAAUUUAUUAGUUUAUUAAUUCGUUUUACUAAUCCAGUAUUAUCAGCUAAUUCAAACGCGUGUACGUAGAGUAACUAGAAUGUAUGUCAGACUCUAGUUUCUUCGUAAGUUCGUCGGGAGUAUUUUAUCUCCCCCAAAUUAUCCAUCCUUCUUGUAUUGUAUGUACACAAAACAAGGCAUAAAAACUAGAGCAGUGGUCACAAGUCCACUGAUGUGAUGGGAUCC